AUGGAAUCGUCGUCACGUGACUUAUGUCAAUAUCCAGAAGCAUACCACGCGGGUUUUCAAACUAUGAUGACCUAUGGUUUAAAAUCUAGAGAGAAUCGUUACAAGAAAGAUGCAAUAACAAUUGUAGCAAAGCUACGACCAAAAUCAUCGAACGAAGUCCGGGUUCUUUCUGUUGGGUCCGGCAAUGGGGAUGUCGAUCUCCACUUCAUCAAUGCUCUGGUGGGUAAAUAUACGACGGUACACUACAUUGUGGUGGAUCCAGCAUCUGAUCAAAUAGAUGAAUUCAAGACCUUAAUUGAAGACCACAAGAGUCAGUGGAAAGGAGUCACAUUCAGUUUCCAUAUACAAGAAAUAGAUAUGUAUCUCUUAGAAGGUGGUGGCGGAUGGAAGAAAUAUUUUAAACUGGUCGGAUAUUCAUCGACUGGUACAGAUAUCAAACCUUUGAUAGUCCGCCAUAUUCCUGAUUCCACCAUUGAAGUAAUAUGUGACACUGCAGAAGUCAUUGUUAAUGAGUGUUUUGACGAAAGUUCAUUAGAUGGCAAUAGAAUGUGUUACAUACAGAUGCAGAUGACAUGCUGUGACAAGAUGACAGAUCAAGAAAUGUGUCAGGAAAAUUUGUUGGAAACUGCCGCUUUGACAAAUAAUAUCCAGAUUCAUACAGAAAGCAAACCUUUUCGCUGUGAACUAUGUGCAAAGAGUUUUGCACACAAUAUUUAUUUGACAGUUCAUAUGAGAACACACACUGGUGAUCGACCCUUUCAAUGUUUGCAAUGUGGGAAGUGCUUUAGCCAGCAAACGACUCUAACAAGACAUAUAUUGACACACACUGGAGAGAAACCUUUUAAAUGUGAACAGUGUGAGAAGAGUUUCAGCCAACAGGGAACUCUGACAAGGCAUAUGUUGACACAUUCAGAAGAGAAGCCAUAUCAAUGUCUACAGUGUAAUGGACGUUUUCGUGACCUGAAUAGUUUGAAAAAGCACAUGAAAGUUCACACCGGUGAGCGACCAUUUGAGUGUAAGCACUGUGGGAAAUGCUUUAGCCAGCAGACAACUCUUACACGACAUACGAUGACACACACAGGGGAGAAGCCAUUCAAAUGUGAUCAGUGUGGGAAGAGUUUCAGUCAACAGGGAACUCUGACGAGGCAUUCAUUGAUUCAUUCGGAAGAAAAGCCAUUUCAAUGUCAGCAGUGUAAUGGAUGUUUCCGAGACCCAAAUAGUUUAAAAAAGCACAUGAAAGUUCAUAACAAACCAUUCCAUUGUGAACAAUGUGGACAGAGCUUCACCAAAAAUACUGAUUUGGGAAUUCACAUGAGAAUACAUGCUGGUGAGAAACCAUUUCAGUGUGAACUGUGUGGGCAAAGUUUUGCACAAAAGAUUUAUUUGACAGUUCAUUUGAGAACACAUACUGGUGAGCGACCAUUCGAGUGUAAGCAUUGUGGGAAAUGCUUUAGCCAACCAACAACGCUGACUAAACAUACAUUGACGCAUACUGGAGAGAAGCCAUACAAAUGUAAAGAGUGUGAGAAAGGCUUCACUCAGCAGGGAACUCUGACGAGGCACAUGUUGGUACAUACAGGAGAAAAGCCGUUUAUAUGUCUACAGUGUAAUGGACGUUUCCGUGACCUGAACAGUUUGAAAAAGCACAUGAAAGUUCAUAACAAACCAUUUCAUUGUGAACAAUGUGGACAGAGCUUCACCAAAAAUACUGAUUUGGGAAUUCACAUGAGAAUACAUGCUGGUGAGAAACCAUAUCAAUGUGAACUAUGUGGGCAGAGUUUUGCACAUAAGAUUUAUUUGACAGGUCAUUUGAGAAUACACACCGGUGAGCGACCAUAUAAAUGUAAAGACUGUGGGAAGUGUUUUAGCCAGCAGACAACGCUUACUAAACAUACAUUGACACAUACUGGUGAAAAGCCUUUCAAAUGUGAACAGUGCGAGAAAAGCUUCACUCAGCAGGGAACUCUGACGAGACAUUUAUUGAUACACACAGGAGAAAAGCCAUUUGCAUGUGAGCAGUGUAAUGGACGUUUCCGUGAGCAGAGUAGUUUAAGAAAGCACAUGAAAAUACAUGACAAACCUUUUCAUUGUCAACAGUGUGGACGCAGCUUCGCCGAUGAUAAUCUAUUGAGAAGUCACAUGAGAAUUCAUGCUGGGGAAAAACCAUUUAAAUGUGAACUAUGUGCAAAGUAUUUCACUCAAAACCUACAUUUGCGUGUUCAUAUGAGAACCCAUACUGGCGAGAAGCCAUUUCGAUGCAACCUAUGUGGAAAGGGAUUUAGCCAACAGGGUACGAUGACUAGGCAUAAAUUGACACACACAGGUCAGAAGCCAUACCAGUGUAAACAUUGUGGCCAGCGUUUCAGCCAGAAGAGUGACUUAAGAAUUCACAUGAGGACGCAUGCAGAUGAAAGGCAUUUUCAGUGUGAACUUUGUGCCAAGAUGUUUGCACAAAGAACUUAUUUGCGAAUUCAUAUGAGGACCCAUACAGGGGAGAAGCCAUAUCAAUGUAAACAGUGUGGGAGGCGCUUUAGUCAACAUGGGACUAUGACGAGAAUUCAUAUGAGGACUCACACCGGUGAGAAGCCAUACAAGUGUAAUCUAUGUGGAAAGAGUUUCAGCCAGCAUGGGACUAUGACAAGGCAUGUAUUGACACACUCGGCUCAUAAACCAUUGAAGUGCGAACAAUGUGGUCGACGUUUUCGUGAAAAAAAUAGCCUGAGAAGACACUUGAGAAUACAUGAUGAGAAACAGUAUCAGUGUGGUGAAUGUGAUCAGAAGUUUGUUCAAAAGAAUGAUUUGAGGAUCCAUAUGAAGACGCAUACAGGUGAAAAGCCUUUUCAGUGUGAAUUAUGUGCAAAGAGAUUUGCACAACUGGUCUAUUUAAAAAUCCAUUUGAGGACCCAUACCGGUGAAAAACCAUUUCAAUGUACACACUGUGAUAAGCGCUUCAGUCAACAUGGAACAAUGACUAGGCAUACUUUGAUACAUGCGAGCCAAAAACCUUUUCAGUGCAAUCAAUGUGAUCGACAAUUUUCUGAAAUGUAUAGUAUGGAGAAACAUAUGAGAACACAUAAUAAGAAACUCUUCUGCUGUGAACACUGUGGUUGUAACUUCACAUUAUACAAAGAUUUGAGAAUUCACAUGAAGAUUCAUAAGGGGGAAAAGCUCUUUAAUUGUGAACUAUGUGAAAAAGGUUUUACCCGGAAAAAUUAUUUAAAAGUUCACAUGAGAACGCAUAGUGGGGAGAAGCCAUUUAAAUGUCAAAUAUGUGGGAAAAGAUUCAGUCAGCAUGGUACAAUGUCACGGCAUACAUUAUUACACAAAGGAAGGCAAUCAUUUCAGUAUACAUGUAUACUACGUGGAAAACAUACACAAGUUGAUCAUAAGGAUCAAGGAGUUCUCUAUCCCAUACAAUGUGUUCCUGCCUCUACAUUUACAAAUGUUAAUUAUGAGUAUGAACUAGGAAUUAACGGCUACACUCAUGAGUUAAAUGCUCAUCCUGAACAAAUGGUUAUAGUAUACGAUGCAGAUACACGUCUGUUAAACACUGUACAUGGUAACGAUUUAUCACGAGUGUCACCAUCUAGUCAAUAUGAUGUAUCCAAUUAUAUCAAUGUAUGUAAUGGAGCUGUGGUUACAAAACUUGAAGAGUGUUUGACAGAGAUAGAAGGAAUAGAAACUUAUCAUGCCAUGUGGUGGCACUGA